AUGGCGCACCUGCCGCCGAGGGCGCCGAGCGCGGCGGGGCAGGACUGGUCGUCGGCCGGCGACUUCCUGGGGUUCGCGGCCGCCAGGCGGGGCGCGCACCGCCGCUCGGCCAGCGACUCGGCGGCGUUCCUCGAGGCCGUCCCGAUGGACGACGUUCUCAGCGGCGGCGCUGACUUCGACAGGCUCGACGACGAGCAGCUCAUGUCCAUGUUCUCGGACGUCGAUGCGCCGGCCGUGUCGUCCGACGGCGGGGGCUUCAUGGACACGGGGGACGCGGAGGAGGGGACCGCCGGCGCGCGCGCCCCGGACGGCUUCGGCGACCCCAAGAGGGUUAAGAGAAUUUUGGCGAACAGGCAGUCAGCCCAGAGGUCAAGAGUUCGGAAGUUGCACUACAUCUCUGAGCUUGAACGCAGCGUCACCGGUCUUCAGAUGGAGGUUUCAGCACUGUCUCCUCGUGUGGCCUUCCUGGAUCACCAGCGGUCAUUACUGACCGUCGGCAACAGCCAUCUCAGGCAAAGAAUUGCCGCCCUCGCACAAGACAAGAUCUUCAAAGAUGCUCAUCAAGAGGCGCUCAAGGAGGAGAUCGAGAGGCUACGGCAGCUGUACCACCAGCAGCAGAUCAAGGCCACAGGCGGUGCCGACAUCGCCACAUCUGCUUCAAUGCAGGCCAAGCAAGAGCUCCUCGUGUGCGAGGGAGCAGCGAUGCGAUAGCGAGGCGUGUCGUGGCGCAAGCAGCUUUUUGUGGUGAUUUUUCUUUUUCUUUUGCUGAUUCAUCGUGUCGAAAGACAUGACUGUUAUUAGAUUAUUUGUGCAGUUCGAUACGUUCAUUGUUUACUUUGUAUGUGGUUUGCUCACCCCAGCGAAAAUUGUGCUGGGAUGGGAGUUUUCUGUGGAUGUAUUGU